CACUUAUAAGCACAAACAUGUCUUGAGAAAUGAUCAUCUUUAAUACUCUGCUGCUCAGUCUGUUAGUGUGUGCACCACAAUGGCAGCAGCCAUGGAUUCAAUCAGUUGUUCAAUAUGUCUGGAUCUACUGAAUAAUCCGGUGACUAUUCCCUGUGGACACAGCUACUGUAUGGGCUGUAUUAAGGACUGCUGGGAUCAGGAUGAUCUGAAGGAUGUCUAUAGCUGUCCCCAGUGCAGACAGACCUUCACCCCAAGGCCUGUUCUGAAGAAAAGCACCAUGCUAGCAGAAUUGGUGGAGAAUCUGAAGAAGACAGGACUCCAAGCUGCUACACCUGCUCACCAUUAUGCUGGAUCUGGAGAUGUUGCGUGUGAUGUCUGCACUGGGAGAAAACUCAAAGCUGUUAAGUCCUGUCUGGUGUGUCUGGCCUCUUACUGUGAGUCUCACCUCCAGCCUCACUAUGAAUCUCCUACCUUUAAGAAGCACAAGCUGGUCAAAGCCUCUACACAACUAGAGGAGAAUAUCUGCUCUCAUCAUGACAAACUGGUGGAGAUUUACUGCCAUACUGAUCAGCAGUUUAUCUGUUAUCUGUGUACAAUGGAUAAACAUAAAGCCCAUGAUACAGUCUCAGCUGAAUCAGAAAGGACUGAGAGACAGAGUCAGCUGGGAGAGAAACAGAAGGAAAUCAAACAGAGAAUCCAGAAGAGACAGAAAGAGAUACAGGAUGUGAGACAGGCUGUGAAGUCACUCAGGCGCUCUGCACAAGCAGCAGUGGGGGACAGUGAGAGGAUCUUUACCGAGAUGAUCCACUUAAUUGAGAGAAAGUGCUCUGAGGUGAAAGAGCUGAUCAGAGCCCAGGAGAAGGCUGAAGUGAGUCGAGCAAAAGGACUGCUGAAGCAACUGGACCAGGAGAUGGCUGAGCUGAGGAGGAGAGAGGCUGAGUUGGAGCAGCUCUCAAACACAGAAGACAACAUCCAAUUCCUCCAGAGUUUCCAGGCUCUCUGUGUCCCUCCUCGAUCUGAACACUUACUCAGCAUCACUGUCAACCACCACGUCUUCUUUGAGGAUGUAAGGAAAUCAGUCGCUGAGCUAAAAAGCCAAUUAGGACAAAUCUGCUCUGGGGAAAUUGCCAAGAUCUCUGUAAAAGUGACAAAAGUCCACAUUGUUCCACCUUCUGAGCCCCGUUGUCUUCCAUCAUUUGACACAACUCAGUCUACACUGUCAGUUGGAGGACUAGUAUCACAUUGGAAUGACACCACCUGUCAGAAGACAAGGCCUGAACCCAAGACCAGGGAAGAGUUCUUAGAAUAUUACUGUCAGCUCACAUUGGAUCCCAACACGGCAUUUAACUGUCUGUGUCUGUCUGAGGGGAACAGAAAGGUGACACGGCGUUAUAAGGCCCAGCUUUAUCCUGCCCAUUCAGACAGAUUUACCACCUACCCCCAGGUGUUGUGUGGAGAGGGUCUGUCUGGAGCCUGCUACUGGGAGGUGGAGUGGAGCGGGGACUGGGUUGAUAUAGCUGUCUCAUAUAAAGGGAUCAGCAGGAGAGGACCUGAUGAGGGUUUGUUUAGAAGCAGUAAACAGGCCUGGUGUUUGGAGUGUGAUGCUUCUGGUUGCUCUUUCUAUCACAAUGAUAAACAGAUUGUCAUACCUGUCUCCUGUUCCACCAGAGUAGGAGUGUAUCUGGACCACAGUGCAGGAACUCUGUCUUUCUACAGCAUCUCUGACACAAUGACCCUCCUCUGUAGAGUCCAAACCACUUUCACUCAGCCCCUCUAUCCUGGGUUCACUGUCUCUAGAACUGUGAAUAUACUGAAACAAACCAAGAUUAUUAGAGCAAACUGUCAUUCGGCUAGUGUGUGCACCACAAUGGCAGCAGCCAUGGACUCAAUCAGUUGUUCAAUAUGUCUGGAUAUACUGAAGGAUCCGGUGACUAUUCCCUGUGGACACAGCUACUGUAUGGGCUGCAUUAAGGACUGCUGGGAUCAGGAUUAUGUGAUGGGUUUUCUGAUCAGCUGUCCCCAGUGCAGACAGACCUUCAUCCCAAGGCCUGUUCUGAAGAAAAGCACCAUGCUAGCAGAAUUGGUGGAGACUCUGAAGAAGACAGGACUCCAAGCUGCUACACCUGCUCACCAUUAUGCUGGAUCUGGAGAUGUUGCGUGUGAUGUCUGCACUGGGAGAAAACUCAAAGCUGUCAAGUCCUGUGUGGUGUGUCUGGCCUCUUACUGUGAGACUCACCUCCAGCCUCACUAUGAAUCUCCUACCUUUAAGAAGCACAAGCUGGUCAAAGCCUCCACACAACUAGAGGAGAAGAUCUGCUCUCAUCAUGACAAACUGGUGGAGAUUUACUGCCGUACCGAUCAGCAGUUUAUCUGUUAUCUGUGUACAAUGGAUGAACAUAAAGUCCAUGAUACAGUCUCAGCUGAAUCAGAAAGGACUGAGAGACAGAGCCAGGUGAGGGAAAAACAACAGAAAUCCAAACAGAGAAUCCAGGAUAAAGAGAAUGAGAUGCAAGAGGUGAGACAGGCUGUGUAUUCACUCAAGUGCUCUGCAGAGGCAGCGGUGAAGAACAGUGAGAGGAUCUUUACUGAACUGAUCCGCUCCAUUGAGAGAAGACGCUCUGAGGUGAACGAGUUGAUCAGAGCCCAGGAGAAGGCUGAAGUGAGUCGAGCUGAAGGACUGCUGAAGCAACUGGACCAGGAAAUGGCUGAGUUGAGGAGGAGAGAAGCUGAGCUGGAGAAGCUUUCAAACACAGAAGACAACAUCCAAUUCCUCCAGAGUUUCCAGUCUCUCUAUGUCCCUCUUGGAUCUAAGGCCUUACCCAACAUCACUUUCAAUCAACACGUCUCCUUUGAGUAUAUAAGGAAAUCAGUCUCUGGGCUGAAAAGUCAAGUUGAAAAGAUCUGCUCUGGGGAAAUUGCCAAGAUCUCUGUAAAAAAGACAAAAGUCCACGUUGUUCCACCUUCUGAGCCCCGUUGUCUUCCAUCAUUUGACACAACUCAGUCUAGACAGUCAGUUGGAGGACUAGCAUCACAUUGGAAUGACACCACCUGUCAGAAGACAAGGCCUGAACCCAAGACCAGAGAGGAGUUCUUAGAAUAUUCCUGCCAGCUCACAUUGGAUCCCAACACAGCCCAUAAAGAGCUGCGUCUGUCUGAGGGGAACAGAAAGGUGACAUGGAGUGAUAACGACCAGCUUUAUCCUGACCAUCCAGACAGAUUUACCACCUACCCCCAGGUGUUGUGUAGAGAGGGUCUGUCUGGAGCCUGCUACUGGGAGGUAGAAUGGACCGGGGUGGAGGUUUAUAUAGCUGUCUCAUAUAAAGGGAUCAGCAGGAGAGGACAUAAUGAGUGGUUAAGAAGCAGUAAUCAGGCCUGGUGUUUGGAGUGUGGUGCCUCUAGCUGCUACUUCUAUCACAAUGAUAAACAGACUGACAUACCAGUCCCCCGCUCUACCAGAGUAGUAGGAAUGUACCUGGACCACAAGGCAGGAACUCUGUCCUUCUACAGUGUCUCUGACACAAUGACUCUUCUCCACAGAGUCCAGACCAAUUUCACUCAACCCCUUUAUCCUGGGUUCUAUGUCACUACGUCUCUCAAGAUACUGACACCGACACAGUGAUGAGUUACAGUGAGUUACAGUGAUACAGUUAGAAUACAGACAAGCAAAAGGGUCAGAAUAGUGACCGGAAAGAUCCAUAUUAUAAGAUGUUAAGAAGUAUUACCAAGUUUAAAUAAAUGUGCACAUAAAUUA